AUGCGCUUGGUCGACUUUGCCCUCAGUCUGUCCUGUGCUGCCGCAAUGGUGCAGGCAGCGCAGAUUCCGUUCGGUUUCUCACCUCCGCCCGAAGCUCAUGUAGGAGGUGACGUCAAUCUGGGCGAGUGGAAUCUGAGCGCGACACCUCCUUCCAACGCUACAGGUCACUGGAUUUUUGACACAGCCGGUUCGUUCCUGCAGCACUGGCCGAACACUCGCCUGCGGAACGGUCACAAUAUUGUACCAGGCAUCUUGCCUACGGGGACAUUACUGUACCACGGCGCUGCUACAUCGGAAGUACCCACUGUUCCGGAGUGGACCGCUACCGAUCCAGAGCACUCAUUCCUCUUCUGUCGUGGCCAGACUGACACAGGGUGUUGGCAUCUUACACUGGUAGCCACGCGUCCAUUGCAAAUCUUGUACUUCGACGGAAGCAGUGCUGCCAAAAUGACCAACGGUCCGUUCGACACUCAGGAUAUCAUUACGUGGGGUCGGAUUAACCCGCCGAAUAUGACGUUAAGAAACGAGAGGGAGAGGAUUGCUAGGCUCUGCGAGUGGGGGAAACCGUUCGGAAUAGAUGGUUUCCUCAGAAUGGAGAUGGAUUUCGAGAUCAUGCUCUGUGACUUCACGUCCGGCGUCGAAACCGUCUCCUUCCUCAAUCUCGCAACCAACAGACCACCGCGUGGACCUGGUAACCGACCUCCGCCUCCGGAACGGAACGACACCAACCCACACGCAUUCGCACCCGACAAGGACCCCAACACGUUCGCACCCGACAACAACACGAUGCCUACAGCUAUUCACGAAGUAAUCUGGUCUGGGCACUGGCAUAACCGCUACCCUGGCGACAAGCGCAUCCAGCUCGACUACUCGCGCAUACUCUCGUUCUACGACACGGAGCUCGUCCCAAGCCUUAUCGCGAUGCGUGAGGGUAAGGAGCGGUGGUACCACCGACUGCAGGGCAUUUCACACAAGGACAUCAUCGCUUCUACGGUGCGGCUGGAGGACCUACUGCGGCGCAAGCUUGGUGGGAGUGGGGUAGACUGGGAGACGCUCCUGCGUGUGGUAGUGGACCGCUACGCCGACAGGCUCGAGCUGGUACAAUACAUUCUGAACGGGACUGAUCCGAGUACCAAAUUAGAGACGGCAAAGAAGGUGCAGGACCAGCUGCGUACCAUGCUCACUCCCUACAUCCUGCACUCCGUAGUGCCUUCAAACGGGACUGACGACGCCGCCACUCUACAUGCGUGGGCGGCACCGGUCUUCCGCUUCUGCUCGACCGCGCAUACGGCGUACAUCACCACUCCUGCGUUCGCGGACCGGCUUACGCAAUCCGAGCACCUCUUGCUCAGCGCAGUGCGCUCUACCAGUCGUGAGAUCUGCCGCGUCGUGACGAAUAUGUGGGCUAAGGGCGUCGAAGGCGGGUUGGAUGAGCUAAAGUCUGGGAUGGAUGUCGAUCAGCAUGCAGACGAAGAUAUUGUCUCCGAAAUUUUGCAGAAAUGGUCUAUUGACAUUGACUACCUGAUGAAGUGGCUGGAUUGGAGCGUGUGGGUCAAGUGCCGCCCCGCGUGUUCGAUUGAGGAGGAGUGCUACCUGCCUACCUGGCCAUACUUCGUCAUCCGUCCUCCCAGGCCCGGUGGUCCUCGUCCGCCUGGAGAGUCCCCGAACCCUCCACCACAAUACCCGCCUGGUGCGCCGCCUACGACAGAACCGGGUGACUUCCCUUCCCCCUUCUUUGCACCCGACAACGAUUGGGACGAGCCGCAGCCGAAGUGCGUUCGACGCAUUGCCCCAUAUGGGAGUCUCUAA